AUGUUUCGAGUUAAGGAUCUGCUGCUCUCUUCGGAGACCUUCGGCAAUCCCAUUUUUAAAACCCAUUUGUACUGCUUUCGUUGGUACGGAUAUGUGGCUUCUAAGGAUCAGAAGAGGCCUUGGUUGAGCCUCCUUCGAUGCACUGUUUUCACGACCUCGAUCUGGAUAAGCUGCGCUCUAAUGCUUGCCAGAGUUUUCCGGGGCUACGAAAAUCUUAACGAUGGGGCCACAAGUUGGGCCACUGCUGUUCAGUAUUUCACAGUGUCCAUUGCCACGCUGAAUGCCUACGUGCAACGAGAUAGAGUAAUUUCCCUUCUACGAGUGGCCCACGAAGAUAUCCAGAACCUAAUGCUUGUUGCAGAUGAUCAGGAAUUCAAACUUCUGGUCUCCACGCAGGUUUAUGCUCGAAAUAUAACCCUGGUAUUGUGGGUGCCAUCGGUCAUUGCUGGUUUAAUGGCCUAUUGCGAUUGUAUAUACAGAACCCUGUUUCUGCCGGAAUCGGUCUUUAAUACCCAAGCUGUAAAACGAGGAGAGGAGCAUCCCAUCCUGUUGUUCCAGCUUUUUCCCUUUAGAGAACUGUGCGAUAAUUUCGUGGUUGGAUAUUUGGGUCCCUGGUAUGCUUUGGCCUUGGGGAUCACUAUCAUUCCACUGUGGCAUACCUUUAUCACGUGCCUCAUGAAGUACGUACACCUAAAGCUGCAGAUACUCAACAAGAGGGUGGAGGAAAUGGAUAUCGCAAGACUAAUUCCAAACUUGGUAACGACUCGUCUUUCUGCCAGUGAACUAACAUUCUGGCGUUUACAACUCUUCAAGGAAUUUGUAGAGGAACAACUAAGGAUUCGAAAAUUUAUAAGAGAGCUACAGUAUCUGAUUAGCGUUCCAGUUAUGGCAGAUUUUGUUAUUUUCUCCGUUCUCAUGUGUUUUCUUUUUGCAUUGACAGUUGGCGUGCCCAGCAAAAUGGAUUACUUUUUUAUGUUUAUUUAUCUCUUUGUGAUGGCUGCUAUACUUUGGAUUUACCAUUGGCAUGCCACAUUAAUUGUUGAAUGUCACGAUGAGUUGUCCCUUGCUUACUUUUCGAGUGGAUGGUACAACUUUGAAUUGCCUUUGCAGCGGAUGCUGGUCUUUGCCAUGAUGCAUGCCCAGCGGCCAAUGAAAAUGAGAGCCCUGCUGGUCGAUCUAAAUCUGAGGACCUUCAUAGACAUUGUGCGUGGGGCCUACAGAUAUUUCAAUCUGCUGCGUAGCUCUCACUAG